AGAACAUCAACGAAACGCUUGGGAGCUAAAUCGUAAUAUCGCGAGAGCAGCCCAAAACGACAAACCCCACGCACGACCCCACGACCGACCGACCGACGACCGACCGCCCGACAGAUCGACCGACCGCCAGUUGACGCUACACGAGUCGCAAUCAUGCUCAUUCCUAAGGCCGACCGCAAGCUCAUCCAUGAGUACCUCUUCCGCGAGGGAGUCCUCGUCGCCAAGAAGGACUUCAACCUGCCCAAGCACGGCGAGAUCGACACCAAGAACCUCUUCGUGAUCAAGGCCUGCCAGUCGCUCACCUCGCGCGGCUUCGUCAAGACGCAGUUCUCGUGGCAGUACUACUACUACACUUUGACGGAGGCCGGUCUCAGCUACCUCCGCGAGUGGCUGCACUUGCCCGCCGAGAUCGUGCCCGCCACGCACGUCAAGGCCGCCCGCAACAACAUCCCUCCCUCCGGCAUGACCGGAGGCGACCGUCGUCCCCGCCGCGAGGGUGGUGACCGUGGCGACCGCGAGGGCGGUUACAGGCGACGUGAUGGUCCCGGUGGCGCCGGAAAGGAGGGUGGAGCUCCCGGAGAGUUCAAGCCCGAGUUCCGUGGUGGCUUCGGUCGUGGUCGCCCCGCUCCUGCUGAUGCUUAAGCGUGCGGUGGCUGUGGCUGUGGAGAUCGGGCGUGGGACGACGGGACUGGCUUUUUUUUUCUCUCGGUGAUGGUUUCGCAAAUGGUAAUCCAAAAAAUCAACUUCGCGAAAAAAUAAAUGAAAGAAGUCAUCGGAACACUGGGGACCAGACCAUCAUCAUUUCCAUUGCUGCGCAACGUGACGGGGAGUGACAGAGAGGGACGCACGAGCUGGAGCGGGAUAUGAGUAGAGCUCGAUCGGAGCUGGGUGCAUAUUAUAUACCUACGACGUCUUGAGAAUGUUCAUUCAAUGUUCAAUGUUCAAACAAAAAUGAC